AUGAUGAUAUUAUCAAAUUUUGUCAUAUUUCAAUUAUCAAUUGUUAUUCUUCUCAUGACGACAUUUAUAACUGCAACCAAUAUACCACCAUCAACGGCCAUGUUAACAGAAGUAUCCCAGUCAUCUGAUGAUGAGCGAAAUGCACAUGUUGUUUUUCCAAAUCAUCAUAUUACUCUUGACGAUUUACAAUCAGCUUCAAAAUCUAUUCCUUUAACAGAUGAUGAAAAUCUCAAUAGUGAAGAAUAUGAUUAUGAUUAUCCUCAAAUUUCUAAUAAUAAAAAUUUUUGGCCUGAAUCAAUUAGCAAACAUUAUGCAAACAAAGUCAUUCGUGGUAGUGUUUCAACUGGUAAUGGUGGUGACAAUCGUCUUUGGGCUAUACCAUAUCGUUUUGGUAAACGAGCUGCUAUGCCUUAUCGAUUUGGUAAACGUGCUGGCAUGCAUUUUCGACUUGGAAAAAAAAGCGCUUCAUUGUAA